CAAUUAGAAUACUACUUGAGUCUUGGGCAUCAAAUAGAACUAGUAAUGGAGGAACCUCAGGGGGAACGUGGUUCACCACAAAAGGCGGGAAAAGAAGAAGAAAAAGAAAGAAAGAUAAGAAAAAGAAGUCAUAAGAAAAAGCCUGAAGUUCAGUCUGAAGUUAAAUCUGAAGUAACACAAUUAGAAGCCACUCCAUCAGAAGUCACAUCAUCAGAUGUUUCACAACAGGGUACUCCUCCUCCACCACAGUAUCAAUCACCACCAUCUCAUAUACAAACUGAACUAGUCCAAGUACAUGAUGGACAGGGUGGCUUUAAAACUGUUAGGUUGAUCAAACGUCCACCCCCUCCACCUACAAUGUGGUUUCUAAUCAGUUCUGAAAAGCCAUGGUGGAAUGUACCAGUGACUGUUAAUAUCCUGUACUGGGUAAUGACUGUAUUCGCUUUUAUAAUUCGGUUCUGGAGAAUUGAUCUUCCUAACUGUGUAGUUUUUGAUGAAGUUCAUUUUGGAAAGUUUGCUAGUUACUACUUAUCUCAAACUUUUUUCUUUGAUGUUCAUCCUCCUCUUGGGAAACUCAUUUUUGCAUUGAUUGGUUACUGGAAUGACUUUGAUGGCUCCUUCCUGUUUUCCACUAUUGGUGAAGAAUUUCCCUCUGAAGUUCCUUAUGUUAUUAUGCGUGGAGCCUCAGCACUUUGUGGUGCGUUACUGAUUCCAACUAUAUAUGAAAUAAUGGUGAUGCUAGGCUUUACUCAUAAAGGUGCCCUGUUGGCAUGUUUCUUUACUCUAUUGGAUAACUCACUCCAGAUUCAGAGUCGAGUGAUUAUGUUGGACUCUUUUGUCAUCUUGUUCACGUAUUUGUCUGUUUUAGGUUAUUUGAAAGUGUAUCAUUGUAGAGCAGUGUCAUAUAGCAGGAGAUGGCAUUGCUGGCUAGCCAUAACUGGGAUUUCUUUAGGAAUAUUGCUUGGUGUCAAGUAUACUGGCCUCAUUGCUGUUGGCUGUGUUGGAUUGCUUGGUCUCUGUGACUUAUGGCAGAUAGUAGGUGAUUUAGCAGUGGACAAGUGGCCUGAGCCUAACCCACCACUGCAUAAAGAUUUGUUGGAUCUGUUUGUUCAUAUGGCUCAUCGUGGAGCAUACCUUCUUGGAAUACCUUUACUCAUGAACUUUGUUUUAUUCUACAUUCAUUUUUAUGUGUUGGUCAAUGCUGGCCCAGGCAAUGCUUUUGUGUCUCUAGACUUCCAAGACACUCUAAAGGGCAGUCCUGUUCCUCCUCCUGUUAGAUAUUCUGUGCCUGAAAACUCAACACUGUUAAGAUAUGGUGCUAGUAUUUCAUUUCGUAAUCAAGAUAGUUCCUGCUGGUUGCAUUCCCAUAAAGACCUUUAUCCUCUCAAGUAUCCUGAUGGGCGUGGCUCCAGUUAUCAACAGCAAGUCACUUGUUAUGAGUUUCGUGAUCCAAAUAAUUAUUGGACUAUAAGGAAACCUGGAAUUCCAUCUGAUCCAUCAAUACCUACUAAUGAUACUGAUCCUGUGAGGAAUAAUGAUGUUAUUGAACUGGUUCACACUAAAACUGAGAAGUUGCUCAACAGUCAUGAUGUGGCUGCUCCUCUCUCUCCUGCUAAUCAAGAGAUUGCUGGCUACAUCAAUUACUCUGCUAAGUUUAUACCUUACCUACAUUGGAGAAUAGAAUUGCAAGGUGUGAAGGAUGACAUUCCUGUAUUUUGGGCUUCUGGAAAGACUAAGUUUAGAUUCAUUCAUGUCAACAGUAAUCAAGCAAUGGCGUGUACUGGAUCACGACUGCCUGAAUGGGGAUUUCAACAAUUUGAGGUGGCUACUGAUCGUGCAGUGGAGUCGUCUCACACUUUAUGGGUAAUGGAUGAUGCUAAUCAUGUUAAUUCAACUGAUGAAAUGUUGGAAGAAGAGGAAACACUUCGUAAUGAAACAGCUAAUCAAUUUCAGCCUUUACCAUCUCGUCGCCCUCGUGAUCCUAAUGUUACUAUGUCAUUUUGGGAGAAAUACUUUGAAAUGCAGGGUAGAAUGUUAGCAGCUCAUGGUAAUCUGGGCGAUCAUCAGUUUGGGGCCAGUCCUGCUCAGUGGCCUUUACUAGGGAAAACAUUACCAUAUUGGCUGCAUAAUAAAACUAAUGCUCAAAUCACAUUAUUAGGUAAUCCAGUAUUGUGGUGGUCUGGUACUGGAGGUAUAGGAAUCUUCUCUGUUGUAUUAUUAUUCUAUCUUGUACGAAAAAGAAGAAAUAUCAAUGAUAUUCCACCAGUUGUUUUUGAGCAAUAUUGGACAUCUGGAUUGGUGUUGAUGGUAGGAUGGUCUGCUCAUUACUUUCCUUAUUUUUUACUGUCAAGAGUUCUCUUUCUUCACCAUUAUUUGCCAGCACUUCCUUUCAAGUUCAUGUUAUUGGCAGCAUUGUUUGAUCAUGGAUACUAUUGGGCUAACAGAUGCAAAUGGUAUCCGAAACUCAUGAAAUUGUUUUAUCAAGGAUUAGUUUUUCUUUAUUGUUUUUCAGUUCUAGUGACAUUUUUUCUAUUUGCUCCUUUUGCAUUUGGUUACCCUGCACUUACAAAGCCUCAAAUAAUGUGGCGACGAUGGAGAUCACAUUGGGACCUUCUUAUUCGUGGCUAAUAAUCAUUAUUAAUUUUUACUAAUUCUUAGUUUUGUUUCCAAUUUUCUUUAGCCAAAAAGUUGCAUAUCAUAAUAAUAA